AUGGCUCCAUCUCGCCCGACGACUCCGCAACGCAGAUCGACCAGCCCAGCCUCGUCUGAAGCGAGCGACAGAACCACGGCCAAUAGUCCUACUCGGUAUGUCCCUCGGCAGAGCUUAACAUCAGCUGCAUCUAUUCAGAAGCGAGGCGAAGGCCCAAAAAGCUUCCGGAUGUUCUCAAAGCUUCCUCUGGAGGUCCAAGAUCUCAUUUGGAAGGAGGUCUUGGACCUCGACGCGCCAACCGUGCACGGUAUUGAAGUCCGACGCUCGACAACAGACCAGCCCACAGCCAGCAUGGUCGAAACCGGUCUAUGGAAUUCGAAUACGGGCGUUCAAAGAACCCCGAUUUACCCGGUUCGAGAUGCCUUACACCGAAUCUGCCGCCGCUCCAGAGCGGCUGGCCGAAGGGAACCCCGACGAUGGAGGGGCCAAGUGCCCUACGAACUUCGGUCAGAUAGGCCCUGGGCGCCUACUCAACAAGUGGAUCUUGCCAGAGACUUAUUUAUCGUCUCCAAUAACUUGGAAGGAGAUAUCCAAGAAGCCGACCGGAUACCUGCUGUUCGGCACGCUGGAGUGACAUGGGAGGGCAUGUGGGACCUCCACGUUGUUGAGAAGCUGGAAAAGGUCGUCGACCUAUUCCCAGAACUAGAGGCUGUCUAUGUCGUAGUAACAGGAGCCUCGACGAUCCAUCCCCAUCUAGAAGCGUGGGAGAGUGAGAAGUUACCUAUCCUGGAGGAGUACUUGAAAGAAUGCCAGGAGACGGCCUCCAUCGAGACAGAUAUCGAGUUCCUAUCCGAAGGGCUUAUCUAUCAGGAGAUCGCGGCGAAGAACCUAUCCAAGAUGGGCGGACUCUAUGAGCCCUUGUCGGACAUCAAACAAUUUUAUGAGAACUUCGACGCUCGCUGCGCGGAGGCGGAGGCAGAAGGGGAAGCAUUGCGGAGACCGGUCAUCAGGGUGAUGACGUGGGAGCAGGCUCAUAGAGUGAGCCCACGUUUCUCCUGA